AUGAAUUUUGAAUUUGAGAGGGAGAUCGGGUUCAUAAACAGCCAGCCUUCGCUCGCUGAGUGCCUGACGUCUCUGCCCGCUGUCCUGGAGACAUUUCAAACUUCAUCAAUCAAGGACUCGACGUUAAUUCCUCCUCCUUUCGAGCAGAGCCUCCUCCAAAGCCUCGAUCCUUGCUCGGGCAGGAGCCGCAGCCGAGCCCCGCAUGGCCCGGCCCGGCCCGGCCCGGCCCAGCCCGGCCCCCGGGCUGCGGAAUUCCCUUGGAUGAAGGAGAAGAAAUCGUCCAAGAGAAGCGGCCACGCUGCGGCCGCCUCGUCCCCGCCAUCCUCAUCCUCAUCCUCAUCCUCCUCAUCCUCAUCCUCGCUGCCGGCGCCCGCGGCGGGGCCGGCGGACGGCAGCGGCUCCAGGAGGCUCCGCACCGCCUACACCAACACGCAGCUGCUGGAGCUGGAGAAGGAAUUCCACUUCAACAAAUACCUGUGCCGGCCCCGCCGGGUGGAGAUCGCGGCGCUGCUGCAGCUCAGCGAGCGCCAGGUCAAGGUGUGGUUCCAGAACCGGAGGAUGAAGCACAAGAGGCAGACGCAGCACAGGGAGGAGCCGCCCUCGGCCGGGCCGGAGGAGGCCGCGGAGCAGCGCGCAGGGAACGCGGAGCCGGAGCUCGGGGCGCUCUCGGUGGAGCCGUGCCUGGAGCUCGGCCCGGGCUCCCUGGGGAGCCCCCUGCGCUUCUCCGAGGAGGAGCUGGAGCUGUUCGGCAGCGCGCUCUGCACCAUGGACCUGCGGCAGCUGGAGCUGCCCUGACCGCAGCUGCGAGCCCCCGGCGCUGCCGCAGGGAUUGGGGCGCUCGGCCUCGCAGCGGCCGCUGCCGGCACCCCCGAAGCUGCCCGGAGAGGAGGGGGAGCCCGAAAAUGCGGCCAGAGAAAAGGGGGACCCCGGAAAUAUGGCCAGAGAGAAAAGGGGGAACCCUCAAAACAUGGCCAGAGAAAAGGGGGAACCCGAAAAUAUGGCCUCAGAAAAGGGGGAACCCGGAAAUGCGGCCUGAGAAAAGGGGAACACCGGAAAUGCGGCCUG